AUGAAACAGUCAUUACUCUUGGCUCUUUGGGGCGCAGGUGCUCUAGCCAGUCCCGGUAAACCAGCGAGAGACGUCACCCACAAAGAUUAUGAUCUACCCUCAGCCCCCUCAACAUAUUUCGUCACUACACAGUCCGCCCAGGAUACCACAGUAGAGACUCAUAUUGCAAGUGGUUCUGAUGGCGAAACUGCAACCUUUGCUGGUGACGCUACAAGCCCACUACCAGUAACUGGUACAGCUACUGGUAUCGCUGGCCAGCCAUCUGAGCAUGUAAAUAACACUGGUUCGCCGUCAGAUGGUUCUGGCUUGACAAACAGUGUCGGUGCUACCGAAACUGACAACAUUCCUGGUCAGUCUGGUGAUGAUGCUACCCAACUACCAGCUACUGUAACUGAUACAGAUAUUAUUGGAAAGCCUUCCGGUGAUGUCGAUAACACUAUAGCUGCUUCAUCAGAUGCAUCUAGCUUGGCCGAUGGUGUUGCUGCCACUGAGACUACUACCGAUGGAGCUGUUCCUACUGAGGAAGCCCCUGAAACUGUCUCAAACGGUGACGCAUCUGGUGAUGUUACCGGCUCUGCUGGUCUCACUGAGGGACAACCUCAUGCUACUGGAGACGCGACAGAUGGUACAGCCGAUGUGUCAGCUAUCACACAAAACUCUGAUUUCACCGUGACUGGAUUACCAGGAUCGCCUGAUGAGACUAUCUCUCCCUCUGGCACCGAUGCUCAAGGUGUUCACACUGAGACCUCUACAACAGGUGUUGGCAAUACUUCACAGGAUAUCGCUGAGGCAACAGGCAUUGCACCGGAGAAAUCUUCUGAGAUUCCCCCGGUUAACACCGAUGUCAACGAACAGACCACCACUGGGUCUGUUACUGAGAAACUCCCCGCGCAUACUGACACUGUCGUCUCAACUGACGCAAAUGACGUGUCUACAAGUGCUAUAACUGGCCCUGAGACAACAGUUGCCUCUGCGGAGCAGACUCCAACCUCCGCAGAGCAGACCCGGGAUAAUGGCUCCAACAAAACCGCUGACUUGGUAUCUGACAACACCUCUACGGUUGAUGCAACUACCACAGAAGGUGCCCAGCCUGACGAGACGGACGUUGUCACGCAGCCUGCUACUGAUGUUGAUGAUAUCACCACCCGGCCUGCUGGUGACAACUCUGAUACCACAAAGGUUGAAGUCUCAUCAGACAAUGACGUACCCUCUACCGCCAUAGGUGUUACUACUACUGACGCUGCUGUCAUAACCGAUAGAAACAACGACACUCCUUCGACAACCGCACCUAACGGAAACGGCCCAUCCGUAACAUCGAACACAGCGCCAGUAAUAACUACUACCGCUGGAGACGCACCGUUCCCGACAGUCACAGAUGCUCCCGAGGGAUUCGCUGCGUCAACAGUCAGUGGUCAUCCUGAGUGGACAUCCAACACUUGGAUCACCACCACAUCAGGCGACUCUUCUGAGCUAACUAUUGUUCCAGUUCUUGUCGGCUGCAAGAAUUGUGGCGGAUCGGGCUCCGGCAUCAUCCUUUGGAAUUUUCCCAAGACGCCUGACACUUGGUUCAAGCUUCCAGGUCUUCCCAAGUUCACCUUCCCUUGCAUUCCUCCAGGUUGCUCAACUCCUUCCACUACAUCUGAGAGUGACAACAAUGAUGAUGAGGAUUUCAUCGGCAUGGAUCAAUGGACCAACGGAGGUGCAAAGACAUUAGUUGCCAAUCCGCAAAAAGUCAAGGAGCAGGGUUUUGAAUGGUCCGAUGCCCAAAAUGACGUUAGGACUUCAACAUCUGAACAGAAAGCAGAAAAACAACUCAAAAACAAGUUUCUAUUCCUUGAGAAGAUAGCGAUCAGGGUUGAGAUGUUCAGUGCACCCGAAGCGAUUAACUCCAUGAUUAGACAUAACCAGCGGAUAUAUGCAAGAUUGUACAAGACCUUUAUGCAGACUCGGUUCAACGGGCAGGAUCCUUGGUCCAUCAAUAACGAGGUCGAGGAUGCCAAGAUUAAGGUCAUUAACAAGUUGAAGACGGACUUGGCGGCAGCUGUAAACAUUCGGGCCAAGAAUUCUGCGGCAUGGGUACAGAAAGUCCCCGUAUGGAACAUGAAGCUCGCCAGCUUGGAUGAUGUUACUCGUCAAUGGGCUAUACCAGAACCAGCUUGGGUUUGGACGUGGAUAAAGAAGCGAGAUGGCGAGGAUUCUGGACGUUCAUGUGAUCGUCCUAUUCCAUCAGAUACCACUACAUCUGAAGAGUCCACUACCUUUGCUACCUCUACGAGGACCAGUUCUGAGGAGUCUUCUUCCGAAGAGUCGACUUCUACCACAGAGGAAACUUCUUCUUCGGAGGAGAUGAUCAAUUCAACUACCGAGGACUCUGCCCAGCUGACAGACUUUGUUACUCUCACCAACGCCCCACCGUUAUCUAUCUCGACGCCUGAUGGCAGCUCAUGCGCCUCAACGGCCACUUACACUCAGUGUAACUUGGGUACUGGUAAUCACGGCGGUGCUUGCGUCACCAACUCGCAGUGUGCCUCAUGGGUCAAUACCGAGACGACCAGCACGACACCCACACUCACACCAACCAUGGAGUCCCCCGACCCGUCUCAGAACGUCAAGCACUGCUACGACGAAGGCCCGAAAGUCAGCUAUGACUCCAUCACUGUGAACGCUGAGUCCUCCUGUAACAAGGUGGUCCCCAAGAACAAGGAAAACGGGUAUUACUGGUCCAACGAUAAGCUCGAGAAAAAGCUGUUACCUGGAGGUGGUGGCCGAGGUUACCACUACAAAGUCCUGUUUGAGGUUAAGGAAGGAUGA